GAUUGCUCUUGGGUUGCAGAAGUCAAGUCUGCAAGCAUGCUUGGUGCUGUGGUGGUAGGCAGGAGCUGCUGCUUCUCUUUGUAUCUUAGCUUGUGUAUGCUGAGUAAUAUCAGUGAGUUAGCAAGACUAUCAAGACAAUGCAUGAGAUUCCCAGGAAGGAGAGUCAGUGAGUUAGCAAGACUGUCAAGACAGUGCAUGAGAUUCCCAAGGUUUGUGUUCUCUGUUCUGGCUGCUCAGAAAGUGUUUUCAGUAAUUUCAUAAUGAGAAGAAAGCAUUAUUUUUUAAUCUCAGAAUAAGAUAAUUUGGUUGUGACUUCAAGAUUCUUCUGUCUACUUGCUUGUUUACUCCUCUUCGAGCCUGGCGAUUUCUUAGACCAUGUUGUCUGUGCUUGUGCUUGACCUUCAAGAUACACAGAUCCAUUGCAAGAGUUGCCAGGCUGCGGUUUGUAGCGUCCCUCUGGACUCUUGAAUGUUGAAUGCUCAUGAAGUCGGCUGCUGGGGGAGCUGUGCUUGUUCUAAUUGCACUUGUUCUGCUGUACUGUUCCUUGAUCUCACUGUGCUAGUAUACACAUGUGACAGGGUGUUGUAAGCGUGGAAGGCUGUGACUUGGAGCAGCAGGAUUUCUAGGACAGGGUGCACAUGCGUCUCUUGCCUAGGUCAGGAACUUGUCUGCAGUGGAGGCCGGCGGUGGACGGCCGCAAGCACUGCCCGGUGCAGGCGCCGGGCGCUGAGGUGGGACCAGGUCCUCUGUGGUUCCUGGAGGACAACCCCAGUCAAAGACAGAACUCUUAAAUUCUUAGUCCUCGAAUGUGUAGCUUAUAAAGGUUUGUUUUUUUAACCUAUUUAAAAAUAUAUAGAAAGGGCUCCAAAGCUACAGAGAAAUCCUGUCUCAAAAAAAAAAGAAAGAUUUUUAUUUUUUUUAACUUCAGAAAUACAAGUUUAUUUAAUAAAAGCCCUGCUCAUGUUGGGUUUUGGGAGUAGAGAGAGGUGAAAUUGGCCAGGAUAGAUGUGGAGAGGCAUGGCUAUUGAGGUCUGCGGGAAGGACAGCAGCCUUGAGACCACCGUGUGUCAGCACAGCACCCAGCACGUUGGUAAGGGGAGGGGUGUCUGGGAAGCUGAAUUGGAGCUUAUUUAUUUUGCCCGUAAGAUACAUUUUCAUGUUCCUGUUUGUUCCCAUUUCACAUGGUUGACGUUAUCUUCGAUUGUUUUCCUUCACAGAACACAUGUUCUUUUUCAGCAGUACACACUGAUAUGCAUUACAGACCUGUACCGAUAGGAGACAUGGAAUGUUUCUUCUCUGUAGGACAAGGUUUCUGCCACGAUGAGCUAUGGCCACAGACUAUCAGGGACAGAUAAUUGGCCACAUGCAAGCCCGAAUCCUGGUAUAGCUGCUGUGCAGACUGGCGCCCAUCCCUUCUGAGGUCUCCCAGUUGUCAGCUUCCCUAGGACCCACAAGAGAGUGUUCUGACUUCAGUCUUGAUGUACAUUGGAUGGGGACACUUGAUGAAAGAGCUGCUUAAAGCAGUGCGGUCUGCCUCAGCUGGAUGUGCAUAUGUGGUCUGUGCCUUAUUUCAAAUGAUGCUAGUGAGAGUCCGGGUGAAUUUAAAGAUGCCGUCUCUCUGCAUCUUCCAAUUUAACAUGCAUUUGUAAACAGUGAAAACAGCGUAGCCUGUUUUGUUCACAAGUUGAUACUGUCUGUGUUAUGACACACACGGGAACAAUGCAGACUGGACAUGAACUCUAUGGCUCAGUAGUAGGUGCUGUGGCAAUUUGAAGUUGUGCUUUGUGUGGUGUUCUGGAAUUGAGCUCAGGGUCCACCCCUUGUGGAAUGAAGCUGUCAGGAUCUGCUACACACACACACACACACACACACACACACACACACACACACCAGGCCAAUCAAGGAUGUUCUUGGUGGCUGUGGAGUGGAAAUGUUUCCACGGUGGUUAGCAAGACUUGCCUGGUCCGACUGGUACUUGAGUGCUGGAGCCCCUCUGGUCCCUGUGUAGAUGCCACAAGAAGAGCCCAAGCCCUGGCCCUCCUUUGCUGUCUUAAGUGUAGCAGCCCUUUGUCCUGGCUGGUUUGCUUAGUCAACUGCAGUUGUACUGCAUGGGUUGCUAAGAGUGAGCUUGUGGGGCCGGGUGGGGAUUCUGGAACCAGCUGGCCAGGUUUUAGUUUGCCACAGUAGCAUGGUGCCUUAAGGCAGGCUGCUUAACUUCUGAGUUUCACUUCUGUGUUUUAUGAUUGAAAUAAUGGUCCUCGGCUCACCUAGUUUUUGUGAGGAUUAAAAUAAUAAAUACAAAGACUUCUAUUAGUGAAGGCUUAAGGUGGCUGAGGACCACCACCAGGGCCUGCGGUCAGCAGCACAUGUUUGAAGGGCACACCAUUAGCUCAGGCACACAUGGAACUUGGGCCUGCUGUGGUGACGUGGACAGUGGUCAAAACCCCCAGGCCGUGGGUCCAUUUCUGUCGUCAUGUCCCUUGUUGGAUGCUGGGGCAGGUGGAGGCCAGGCUACUGGAAGUGUGUGCAGUGCUGAAGAUGACAGUUGGAGUCAGUGUGAGCUGGUACUUGGGGAUCAUAGGCUUAUUCCUUGGAGAGAUUUUAAGGGUCUCUCUCUGUGUGUGUAUUAGUUUUCCCUUCAUUUUUAGGAAUUGUUAGGUAAGCAAAUAUGCUUGAAAAACAAACACACGUGGUUGCGAGGAAGGAAGGUGGUGGGUGUUGCUCACCCAGUGCGCCGCAGUGUGCCCAGAAAGCUCGCAGAGUGUUGUCCCGGACAGCGCCUCUUGGCCACUGUCCUUUGGUUAUCAUUUGGGUCUUUUGAAUUAGUAUUUAAAAAUUCUGUGCUUUGCAGGACCUCUAGAUCCUUUCAGAUCCAUUCAUUGCCCCAGGCAAAAUAAAUAACUAACCAGGCCAGCCUGUGAUUUCCCUCCCACUUGCUGGAAUUUCAAAUUUAAAAAACAAAGCCUAUCUGUCAUUUCAAAGUAAGGUAAGCACUGCCAGUGGACUGGCAGCUAAAGCAAAGCAACGGCUGGUGUGCCGACGGUGCUGCUGAGACUGGAGGAUGGCUGUGGUCAGCACAUAGUCUAGUCAACCCUUUGAGCAGCUCUUGGACACAUGUUAGCGUGUGGCUUGUGCUCUUGUGACUGAGGUCACAGGCCUGCCUGAUUUCAGCAGCAGACCCGUUGCUGUCUCACCCAGCACUCUCCCGCUCGCUCCUGCUGCCCUGGCUUUAGAGCUUGUUCCAAGAGCUCUUUCCUUAUGGAGCUGGGUUUCUGAUGCUUUCAUUACAUUUCUGUAGCCAAAUCAAGUCAAAGGCGUGUCCACAAGAAUGUCCAAAGAAGUUAAGAACUGGUGCAAGAAAAGAUAGGAGUGGAGUUGAGACCCUAGUGUGACAGAGGCAAGCUUGUAACACAGCUGGCUGAUGACCGCAUGGCACUGGUGUCAGGCAUCAGCCUAGAUCCAGAAGCAGCGAUUGGUGUGACAAAGCGGUCACCUCCCAAAUGGGUGGAUGGAGUAGAUGAAGUACAGUAUGAUGUUGGCCGCAUAAAACAGAAGAUGAAGGAGUUAGCCAGCCUUCAUGACAAGCAUCUGAACAGGCCCACCCUGGAUGACAGCAGCGAGGAAGAGCAUGCCAUUGAGAUAACCACCCAAGAGAUCACACAGCUCUUCCAUAGGUGCCAGCGUGCUGUGCAGGCCCUGCCCAGCCAGGCGAGAAGGGCUUGCUCUGAGCAGGAGGAGCGGCUACUGCGGAACGUGGUGGCCUCCCUGGCACAGGCCCUGCAGGAGCUGUCCACCAGCUUCCGGCAUGCACAGUCCGGCUACCUGAAACGCAUGAAGAACCGAGAGGAGCGAUCACAGCAUUUCUUCGACACAUCAGUGCCACUCAUGGAUGAUGGAGACGAUGCUGCCCUGUAUGGUCAGGGUUUCACGGAUGAGCAGCUGGUCCUGGUAGAGCAGAACACACUGAUGGUGGAGGAGAGGGAGCGGGAGAUCCGUCAGAUCGUGCAGUCCAUUUCCGACCUCAGUGAGAUCUUCAGGGACUUGGGAGCCAUGAUUGUGGAGCAGGGUACAGUCCUUGACAGAAUUGACUAUAAUGUUGAACAGUCCUGUGUCAAGACUGAAGAUGGCUUGAAACAGCUUCACAAGGCAGAGCAGUACCAAAAGAAGAACCGGAAGAUGCUUGUGAUCUUGAUCCUGGUUGUCAUCAUCGUAGUCCUCAUCGUGGUCCUCAUCGGCGUAAAGUCUCGCUAGUGGCGCCAAGUUCUAGAGCGUGCUACUGCAUGGGUUCCUUGGGUAGGAGGGCUUGGCUGGCACCGCUUCACUGUACUGCCUACAGAGCGCAGCCCACUGGCCCAGCAGCAGGCAGAGGCCUUCCUGUGGAUGCCCUCUCUCGGUGGACUGGAGGGCAGGCAUGGCUGUGGGUUUCUAUCUCUGCCCAGAGUUUAAGGACCUGAGGCUGUUGAUGAGGAGACAGGCACUGUGGCCGGCUGUGAUCUAAACACUUACUAGAAAGUGAGGGAAUGCAGGUCUGCAGGCCUUGCUGAGGCACCAGUGUGGUGUGCAUGUGCUCUCUGCUAGCGCUCGUCUGAGCAGCAUGUUCAAUCAUUUUUCGGAAAUUUUUUUUAGCCAUCUGGUUUUUAAGAAGUUUGGUACCAAAAAUUUAUGAGUAGAGGCAAACUGCCUCUUCAUCUUCCCAGCUGAAAACAAACCAAGACGUCCUUCAAGAAUUUAUAAUCCGUUCCCCAUUAACUUAAUUUAGCUUUUCCAUCACUGUUAACGAUCAGAGUAACAAAGUGUGAAAAAUAAGAAACCAUCAUUGAUGUUAAUUAACACAUUUAGACGGGCCAGUUAAACCAGCUUCAUGUGUUUAAAUCAAUUGUAAAUAGCGCAUUCCUCAUUCAGAAUUUUGCACUGCAUUUUCUGCUGUAAACCAAGAGGGGUUACUAAGCAAAACCUCCUGAAUCAGAGAGUUGGUCAUUUGAACUGACCUCACAUUACAAGAAAACUUGACAGUAUCAUGAACUAGACUGAGCCAGGGUGUCCCCAGCCAUUCUUCCUCAGUCCAUUGCUUACGUUCUAGCUACGUAAUCACCUGUCCAAGCCUGACUCCACGUAAUGAACUGUAAAUUUACACAGAGGCCAUUUUAAAUGGGUCACCCCAUUUAGGAUUAGUGGAUCUCGAAUUAUUAACCGAACAUCACUCCAUUUCAAAGUAAAAUAUUCUACCCAUGAUUUGAUUUAUCGACUCUUCCAUUGCCACUUAACAAUGCCCAGAAAGCAGGUAUAUUCCUGAAGACAGUGUGAGCCUUGACUAGGAAAGCCCUCAGUGUGUGCUUGCUGUGUGUGUGUGUGUGUGUGUGUGUGUCUGUGCCCACGGGUGUACCACAUGCAUAUGAGAUCACUAAGGUUCUGUUUACUUCUGUUUAUCUACCGGUUAACUCUGGUGCUUGGGUGCUUGGCAGGACUGGAGUGAUGUGGGCAGUGUUGGAGUCUGAAGAUGAGGGUGUGUGUCUGACUUGCCGUCUUCAUUGAUGCUGCUAUACUUUUAGUGGUCUUUGUGUCAUUUUCGAUAGCUUUUAAAAUUGUCUCUGCUUCUCUUAA